GAAAAAGAAAACAAAGAAACGAACGGCACCGUUCAGCGAUUCCCUCGGCCCCUCUCUCUUUCCCGUGGCGUACCAAUGCAAUUUAUUUUCUGUUUAAAUUUUUAACCCAAAUGAAAGGGGAUUCUUGUUUUCAUUUCUAGGUAUGUCUCAUGCGCCAGGCGCAGUGGCGCAUGUGUAAUAAAUAAAUAGAGGCAGAGAUGAGUUGCUUACUCCCGCUGUUGAUUCCCUUCUGAUUAUGGUUUGGGCGACAUGGCGAUGGACGGGUACGUUGUUCCGGCGGACCCGGCCGUAGCGUCGGCGGCGACGACGCCCGCGGCGGUAGUGAUCGCCGCCGUGAAGAAGAAGACUCAGCCGGCGACCAGCUGGAUCCUCGUCGAUUCCGCCGGCCAGGGCACCAUCCUCGACGCCGACAAACAUGCAAUCAUGCACCGUGUCCAGAUUCACGCCCGCGAUCUCCGGAUUCUCGAUCCUCUGCUGUCCUACCCUUCCGCUAUUCUCGGCCGUGAGAGGGCCAUCGUUCUCAACUUGGAGCACAUCAAGGCGAUUAUCACUGCUGAGGAGGUAUUGUUGAGAGACCCAUCGGAUGAAAAUGUUGUUCCUGUUGUCGAGGAGCUUCAAAGGCGAUUACCACCUGCAAGAGAAGGUCAAGCGAGUGGAGAAAACCAUGGCACCCAGCAAGCUGAUGUUGAUGGGGGUGAAGAAGAUGAAUCUCCAUUUGAAUUUCGUGCUCUGGAGGUUGCUCUGGAAGCCAUUUGUAGCUUUCUAGCUGCACGUACAACAGAAUUAGAGACUGCUGCUUACCCUGCAUUGGAUGAACUAACUUCCAAGAUUAGCAGUCGCAAUUUGGACAGAGUUCGUAAAUUGAAGAGUGCAAUGACAAGGUUGACUGCUCGGGUUCAGAAGGUCCGGGAUGAGCUUGAACAAUUACUGGAUGAUGAUGAUGAUAUGGCUGACCUUUACUUGUCGAGGAAGGCUAGCUCAUCUUCACCAGUUAGUGGCUCAGGUGUCGACUGGUUUGCUGCUUCCCCCACAAUUGGUUCUAAAAUCUCUAGGGCAAGCAGAGCAAGCAUGGCGACAGUUCAUGGUGAUGAGAAUGAUGUGGAGGAGCUUGAAAUGUUGUUGGAGGCUUACUUUAUGCAAAUCGAUAGCACAUUGAACAAAUUAACCACGUUGCGAGAAUACAUUGAUGAUACUGAGGAUUACAUCAACAUUCAGCUUGACAACCAUCGAAACCAGCUUAUUCAGUUGGAGUUAUUUCUAAGUGCCGGAACUGUCUGUUUGUCAAUAUAUUCUUUGGUGGCCGGAAUAUUUGGCAUGAAUAUCCCUUACACGUGGAAUGAGGGCUAUGGAUAUGUAUUCGUAUGGGUGGUAGUAUUAACAGGUAUAUUGUGUCUAAUCGUGUUCCUGGGAAUAAUGUCCUAUGCACGGUACAAGGGCCUGAUUGGAUCUUGAAGUUGCCUGCUCCUUGAUUGUCUUGGGCUUACUUCAGUCUUUACAACUGAUGCUGCAUAUUGGCCCUUGGUGAUGAUAUAUCCUUUCUUUAUGAUCAUGGCUGGGGCGGCUAUCUGAGCGUUCGUUCGUCAUGAAGAUGUUAGCUCUUAUUCUCUCACCGCCAUUAACGAGUUGGGUCCGAAGGUCGUACCAAGCCAAAUUAGAAGGGCUUGCCAUACGCCUUUUGGUCUUUUUUUCAGGUGUUCAUCUUUGAGCAAAACAGCCGUCACCGUUCCAUAGAUGAACCGAAUCACAAGUGAACUUGGCUUCAAUAAUUCUGAAAUAAAGCAAAGCAACUGUAAACAACAGCAACAGCGGAUUGCAGCAGCAGAAACAUUUAAAGCUUAUCUUAGAAAUUUUUAUUAUGCAACUUGAUAUUGAAUUAGUGGACACAAUGUGGGUGUGGAUUAUUCCAUUGUAAUAUGGAGCAGCUAGCUAGUUUGAUACGUUGGUCUAGUAUGACAUUAACAUUAUUAUAGAGCAUGAUGACAUUUAGAUUUAUGACCUGUCGAUAUGAUAAAUUUGUUAAGUAUUAUGAGCUAGCAUUGACUACCGUACCACUUAUAUUUUUUGUUGUGUUUGUGUGACAUCC